AUGUCGUCCAUUACCAGCGAGAAUUUCCUUGCCGUUGCGCUGGUAGUCAACCGCUCGCGCGACGGCCCGGCGUUUGUUUUCCACUACCCGCCAGAUGUCCAACCCGUCACGAAGCACCCGGAACACGGUGCUGAGGCCACAGACGAGGAUGGGGAUCUCCUCCUCCAACGACUCACUCAGCCCAUGAGCCGGGACAUCACUGCCACGGAUGGAGGCGGCAGCAGACAUCGACACCACGAUGGUCACCUCACGGAGGAGACUGGCUCUCGAGUCGUCCCGUGGGAGCGUGUGGCUGGGUUUCCGACACGGGAUCUGGCUAGUAUCCUCACUCCCUCGCGGCCCUAUCACAAGAAGCUGUUUCAGCUGUCACUCGACCCGGUGCACUGCAUCUCAUAUCCCAUCCACGUACCAGAGAAUGGCAAAUGGAAGCGACACAAGAAAUCGAACAAAUCCAAGGCCGCGAGACACCCGGAGGAAACCCAGGCUGCCCAUGACACGGAACCGCCAACACCAUCCGUCGUCAUCUCGUCGGAGCCUGCCAGAGGUAAAGACGGCAGGAAAGACGAGGCCGAUGAAGAGAAGCGCAGUUCAAUGACAAUGUUCAACCUGGUGUUCAUUCUAAACCCCAAAAAAAGCGAAGACAAGGAGCUCGUGGAUGCCUUGUAUCACAACGUGGUGAAGAAGGUCAACAAGGCGUACAAGUACAGCCAACAGCACUGUGAAUUCGUUUGGAAGGAGUCAAAGCGGAUUUUGCUAGUCAAGGACAGAGCUCGGGAAGAGGAGAAGAGCAUGAGCGUCCUUUGGAAGGAGUUGCUUGAGAUGUCCUCACUUGCGGCAUCUGUACACGACAUAUACGAAGCCGUGUCCCGCAAUAAGAUUGCCACGCUUCACCUCGACACACCGGCGGGUGUAUUGACGCCAUCGGUGCAACUCCCAGCGCCCUUCUUCGUCUCCGACCUCCCGGCAGACCAUGACCACGGCCAGCACGGUCUCUGGCUAACCACGGCUAACUCGUUCCUCAGCCAUGAGCAGCUCGACGACCCGGAGUUUCUCGACAAGAAUUUUGCCUUGCUCCUCUUGGAGGACGAGAAAAAAGUUGUAGCCGAGCUCCAAGCUGACAGAGACCCGACAACGGUAUCCAUGAUUGAAAUCGCCCGACUAGCCAAGCCCACCAUGUCUUUCUACCAGGUCGGGCAAAGCAACGUUCUCACCGCCAGCCAAGUCCGCAAGUACGCGCAGCACUUCAUAUUCUGGCGCCGAGCCAUGGCCAUACCGCCGCUACACGCCAAAGACGUGUACGUGGUGUCGCCCAACUGCGAUCUGAGCCGCCUCCCCCGAGACGCGGCCGAAUGGCAGCGCGCGUUCCCGCUGGCGCCACCGCUGCCCAACUUCCUCUCGGAGCUCUCGUACGCACCGCGGCCCUUCAAGACCUUCUGCCCCGGCAAGCCGCACCGCCCUCUGUACCUCCGCAUGCUGGCGUGGCUCCUGCGGGGAGGAUGGGUGACGCAGCUCUGCACCUUCGCCUACGUCGUCGUGUGGCCCGAGAUCCUGUACGAGGUAGAGUACGACAUGGAAGCCGAGGAGCUCGCGGCGGCAGCGGCGUCCACGGCACAGGACGACAGCCAGCCCCCGGCACCUCCGACGCCUGCUGGUCCCCCGACGACCGGCAGCCGGGAACCAACGACCCGAGACGGCCCCGACGGCGCCGAGCCCCCCUCGGGAGCGGGAGACGAGCCCGGUCCCAGGCCCGGCGCCUCAGCACCUCCCCCCACGGCCCAGCACGCCGCCGAAAUGGCGCGCCUCGAGCGCAUCGCCAUCAAGGCCCACCGCGAGGCGGCCGACAAGGCGACGGCGCACGCGCGCAAAACACCCCCUGUCCCGACCAGCCGGCCCUCCGUCAACGACAGCACCCACCUCGCCGGCCGGACGCCGCACAUCAUCCUCGACGCCAAAAAGGCCACGGGCAGGGAGUCGCGCUACCUGUCUGCCAUUGCGCGCCGCCUCAAGGACGACAAGGUCAGGGCCGCAUGGCCCGUCAUGUGCAGGUACUUUGACGGCCGGUGCGCGCUGGAGCGCAUCACUCUGCAGGAGGACAUGAAGCGCAAAGAGACGUGGACCUUGCUGACCGCCAUGAGCGAGUACCUGCUGUGCACGAGACAUUGGUGA